AUGCAUUACAUACACAUCGCCGAUCAUCGGGAUGGCAGCCAAAAUUCUGAUGACUCCGUGACUACCAACAUUUCCGACUUAGAAAUGCAGGCCUCCAUACUACAGAGCAGUCGCGAAUCACUCACAUGCUUGCGUGACAAUAUUGAUAACCUGAGUAAAUAUUGCAUUGGAGUUGCGAUACCUAACGUAGAUGCAGCUACCAUAGCGCAGGAGUUAGCAAUGAACCUGCACUCUGUGUAUGGAGCGCCAAGAUGCAUUUUGACAGACCAAGGCAAAACGUUCGUCAGCAAGCUCAUGCGGAAGCUCUCAAAAAUCUUUCAAAUUAAACAAGUUACAACCUCGGGAUAUAGACCACAGACAAACGGGGCCUUAGCAAGGAGCCAUGCCGUCCCAGAAGCAUACAUUAGGCAGUAUGUUGGCGAUUAUGACGACUGGGAUCGGCUCCUUCCAUAUGCGCUGUUCAUUCAGCUUGCCGAUAAAGUUAAACCGGCGCAUUUGUCACUAGGAGGACCCUUGUUGGUCUCGGAGGAAGGAUUCCUGGUCAAUCCACAAGGAUAUCACCAAGUUUUUCCCGACGGGUCCAGCCUUCGAACGAGCAAGGACGGGCUGAAAGAAGGGGUGGGUGUUUGGUUUAACCAUGGUCCCACACUAUACGUUUCAAAAAGAGAAAAGAACAGAUAA